AUGGUCGAGCCUAUAUCUAUAAUCGGCCUAGUAGGUCAAAUUUCCGACCUCAUCCAACGAGCCUACAACUAUGGUAAAGCAGUCCACGAUGCCCAGAGUGAUAUGCGCAAGCUCUAUACUGAGCUUCUCGCCCUCAAGGGUGUAUUUGAACAACUUGAGAAACUGGAUAUCACGUCAGCAGAACCUCAUAUAGCUAAUUUAAAACACUCAAAAGAGUUUCGCAAGACGUUGUCUUCGACUUCGGAGCUCAUAGGCCGUCUUAUGAAGAACCUCAAUAAGAAGCAGACUUAUUCUCGUCGGGUGAAUGCGUUUUUGUGGCCGUGGGUGAAAGAUGAUGUGAAGGCGGAUAUUCAGGAUCUUGAACGUAUCAAGACUUGGUUUAUCUUGUUGAUCAUGUCCGAGAACUCGACGCAAAUGGAUGUCUUGAUGAUUGAGUCGCGGGAGAUUUUGGAUAUUGCUAGAGAAAGUCAGGCGAGGGGGAAGCUCAAAGAUGAAGAAGAAAAGCGAGAGAAGAUUAGGGAAUGGAUACAACCGUUCAGUCCUAAACAGCUCCAUGCUAAAGCCAUCAAAAAGAGGAUGAAAGGCACUGGGACAUGGUUCCUGGAUGGUGACUUCAAAGUUUGGAGGGAGGGUGGUGCGGGUUCCCCAAGAGUCUUAUGGCUUCGCGGCAAGUCUGGCUCCGGAAAAACAACAUUGCAUGCUGCUGCGGUCGAAAAACUCAAAUCUGUCCAUCAAGAAGACCCCAGAAUUGGUCAAGCAUACUACUACAGCUCUUUUGAUGACAUAGGGUCUCAACAGCCUCUCAAUAUCCUUGGGUCUAUCUUAUAUCAAAUCUCAGAACAGCAUCCCGAAGCCCUGGAAAGUAUCGACCAAUUGCGCAAGUCCGGAUUCAUCUUGGGAGAGAGUGCCCUCCUGAGACUAAUCUCGGAACACAUGUCAAAUUUUGAAACGUUCUUCGUAUCAGUUGAUGCAAUGAACGAGAGUCUUAGGUGCAUGGAGGUGUUUGAGAUGCUUCUACAUCUCGUUGCCGACAACCCCAAUGUGCGGCUGUUCAUCACAGCUAUAUCGAGCUGCUCACAUUGGCUGGAUGAUCUACAACUGGAAGAGCCCCCGAAGAUGAUGGAGGUAGAUAUGGGAACAGGAGAUGCUGAUAAAGAUAUCGACUUCUAUAUCAAGAACAGAAUAAGCGAAGAACGUCUUCUCAGACGACUCAGCGAUGUGACGAAACUACAGUUGCGCGAGAAGUUACUUGACAAUGCGAAAGGAAUGUUUCGGUACGCCCAAUGUCAACUCGACUCCUUACGCAGUCUCAGGACAGCUAAAAUGGUUCUCAACGCCCUAAAUAAUCUCCCAAAGGAUAUUUACGAAGUCUACCAAAAGAUCCUACUUAGCAUCCCCGAAGCAGAUAUACUUCUCGCUAGAGAAUCUCUCUUCUUCUUAUCCGUGGCACUGCGGCCACUUACGAUACAAGAACUGGCAGAAGCUGCAGUUCUAGAAGAUUAUAAGCCACGUAUCGACGAGGAGUGCAGACUCCCCGAGCCCAUGGUGUUGCUGGAGAUAUGCCAAGGCCUUGUCGACUACGAUGCAGCAACAGGCGUGGUUACGUUGGCGCAUUCAUCGGUUAGGGCAUAUAUAACCUCCAGUUUCACGCGUGAAGGCGAGGUUGGCUAUUUCAGCUACGACAUCUCCGGCAUACAUGCCAGUAUUGCCAAUAGGUGCUUAUCAUAUCUCCUUCUCGGGCAUUUUCAAGACGGCUGUUGCACCCACGACGAGCUUGAGAAGAAAUUUGAAGACUAUCCUCUUCUUCGCUAUGCCUCUCAAUAUUGGCCACAUCACGCAAAGUUGACUGACCGCGGAGGGCGCCACGAGACCUCUGCUUUGACAUUAUGCUUAAGUCAUAAGAAAGCCGGUGGCGGCAACUUUAGUUUCUGGGUUCAGUGCCUGAUGCCCUAUACAUCUAAAGACACUAUUACGGCGACCGAGCCUCUGUACUACGCUUCUUCCUUCGGGCUUGCGGAUCUCGUUAAAAGCCUGCUGACAUCUGAAGGUGUAGAUGUUGAUGCUCGGGGUGGUCGUUUCAAAUCCAGUGCAUUGCAUGCAGCAUGCUACAGAGGCCAUGUUGAAAUAGCCCGUCAGUUACUUGAAUGCGGCGCCGAUGUUAAUCUUCGCGAUAGUGAUGGCCGCACCGCGUUAUUCUGGGCAGAGAAGUUGGGACGAAGUGAUAUUGUUGAUCUUUUCCAGGAUCCCAAAUAUGCACAAACUAAAGGACGCACUGUUGUGACAUUGUCGAGUUUUCCCGAGGAAAUCGACUAUCCGAUGUGGUUCUGCUAUGUCGUCACGAGAGGUGCGGGAAGUGCAUAA